AUGGCGCGAGCUGCGUCGAGCGCGUUCGUGGCGAGGGCGGUGAGGCGGAACCUGACGUCGCUGGCGCGGAUAGAAGCGGGCGUGGAUGCUGUGUGCCGCGGGGUGCGCGAGGUGGAAGGCAGCCUGGUGGGCGAGUUUGGUGACAAGGGUAGCGCGGGAGGCGAGGGUGGCAAGGUGCUGGCAGCUGAAGCAGGAGGAGCAACAGGAGCAGGAUCAGGGGAAGAAGGAGCAGGAGCAGGAGCAGCUGCAGGAGUAGGAGCAGGGGAAGAAGGAGCAGGAGCAGGAGCAGCUGCAGGAGCAGGAGCAAGAGCAGGAGCAGGGGCAGGAGCAGGAGCAGGAGCAGGAGCAGGAGCAGGAGCAGGUCCAGGAGCAGGAGCAGGGGCAGGAGCAGGAGGAGAAGUCGCAGCUGCAAAGCGUGGCACGUGGCCUGAAGCGUGCUGGCCUGUGCCGCACAUGCCCUUCUCCGAUGUCAUGGCCACCAGAGCGAGUAAGUUCCUCGUGUUUGCCUACUCCAACGAGCAGCUCUCCAGCACACGCGCUCACCUCGCAGAGGCUGCCCGCUUCGCUCAAGCCACCAACCGCAUCCUCGUGCUGCCCAAGUGCAGUCGCAGCCGCCUCUCACUGGCCCGUGACCUGCCCCUCUGCGCCUACUUCGACCUCUCUCGCCUCGACGCCCACUGGAUCUUGCCCGACCUCUUCCUGCUCCUUGCUAGAGCCGCUCUCAACCCUCCCUUUGCUGCUGCCGCACCUGGCACCAGCCCUUCCGUGGCCUUCAUGCACCUACAAAUGCAGCAACUAUGGCGCACACCUUUCAGUCAAAGGUCUCUGGUGGACAUGCUGAGUGAGCUGAUGGUGUAUGGCAUGGGCCAUGCGCCGGCAAGACGCAACACUGUUGACAUCGCCAUGCCGGUCAACAGCAGAGCAGUUUUCCACCAGUUGCAUCAGUGGCGGCACACGGACGUGCUGGUGUGGGUGAAGAGCACCUUCGGUCUGGUGGACUUCAAACCUCCUACAGAAGCCAUCUCCUUCCACAUGCUUCCGUACAACCGAGCAUGGCACGCCAAGGCACAUCGAGCUAUGGCCCAACUGCCCCGCCGGUACAUUGCGGUGCACUGCCGCUCCGAGUUCAUCGCUUUCAACCUGGGGCACAGGCUAGCAAAAGUCGGCUACAAAUUGGAGGCGGGUGUGCUGGAGGGGCUGAUGACGGGGUGCAUGGAGGCGGCGCGCGACCUCAUCAACGGCAUGAAGCGCCGCCACAACAUCUCCGCCGUCUUCAUCGCCGCCGACGUGCCGUUUGACGACAAGGCGGGCAGCGUGGUGUGGUUGGACUCGUGGAACGAGACCACGUGGAAGUUCCAAGGGGCGGAGAAAGAGAGGGCGCUACAGGCCCCGCGGGAGAAGCUGCAGUGGCUGAGGGAGCAGGUGGCGGGCACAGUGAUGGUGGACGAGCUCAUGCCCGCCGUCAACCGCUACGACCCCAGCAUCGUGGCCAUAUUGGACAAGCUGCUGUGUGCACAUGCCCAUGUGUUCCUGGCUGGGUCCAUCCUAUGCGGGGGGGCUCGUUCGUUUGAGCUGGACAUCAGCAACCACAGAUUUCACUUCAAACAUACUCUCCACGACAGAUGGUUCUCAAAUGUCAGAUUGCCGGAUUAA